UAAACAGUAUAGCCUGGCUGAGUCUGAUCAAGCAGGUUGAGAUAGCCGAGUGGUGCAAAGAUGAAUCAUUCUCUAAUAAAGUAUACAUUUUGAGGAACGAUUUGAUUCUAGACUUGUUAUACAGCUCCACACGUGUUUAUGUGAGGAUAAUAACAGGCGUGUUAUUUAUUGCAUUGGACCGUGAAAGAUUAUAAAGAAUAAAUACAGCCAGAUGUUCACAGACAUGGACUAUGAGCUGGAGGAGGACAAAUUGGGGAUCCCCACGGUGCCAGGGACGGUGACCCUAAAGAAGGACGCCCAGAACCUGAUAGGGAUCAGUAUCGGGGGCGGGGCCCAGUACUGCCCCUGUCUCUACAUUGUGCAGGUCUUUGACAACACCCCUGCUGCUCUGGAGGGCACUCUGGCAGCAGGCGAUGAGAUCACUGGGGUGAACGGCAAACCUGUGAAGGGCAAGACCAAGGUGGAGGUGGCCAAGAUGAUUCAAGCUGUCCAGGGAGAGGCCACAAUCCACUACAACAAACUGCAGGCUGACCCCAAACAGGGGAAGUCACUUGACAUAGUGCUGAAGAAGGUGAAGCAUCGUCUGGUGGAGAACAUGAGCUCCGGCACGGCCGAUGCCCUGGGGCUCAGCAGAGCCAUACUCUGCAACGAUGGCCUGGUGAAGAGGCUUGAGGAGCUGGAGAAAACGGCAGAGUUGUACAAAGGACUGAUGGAGCACACUAAGAGACUGCUCCGAGCAUUCUUUGAACUCUCACAGACACACAGAGCGUUCGGGGAUGUGUUCUCAGUGAUCGGGGUACGGGAGCCUCAGGCUGCGGCUAGUGAGGCCUUUGUGAAGUUUGCUGAAGCCCAUCGCAAUAUCGAGAAAUACGGCAUCCAGCUUCUAAAGACCAUCAAGCCUAUGCUCCAUGAUCUGAACACCUACCUACACAAGGCCAUACCAGACACUAAACUCACCAUCCGCAAGUACCUGGACGUCAAGUUUGAGUACCUGUCUUACUGUCUGAAGGUGAAGGAGAUGGAUGACGAGGAGUACAGCUGCAUUGCCAUGGGAGAGCCCAUGUACCGGGUCAGCACCGGUAACUACGAGUACCGGCUGGUGCUGCGGUGUCGCCAGGAGGCUCGCGCCCGCUUCGCUAAGAUGAGGAAGGACGUGCUGGAGAAGAUAGAGCUGCUGGACCAGAAACAUGUCCAAGACAUCGUGUUCCAGCUGCAGCGCUUCGUGUCGGGCAUGUCGCACUACUACGACGAGUGCUACGCCGUCCUGAAAGAGGCCGACGUCUUCCCCAUCGAGGUGGACCUCUCCCGGACCAUGAUCAACUACGGCAACCAGCCGCACUCCUACACGGAGGAGGAGGAGGAUGAGGAGGAGGAGGAGGAGGGAGGAGGGGAGGGCGAUGGAGGAGAGAGCGGGGCGGGCAGACAGGCUGAGAACGGUGCUGAGAAGCUGGUUGAUGAUGAAUGAGAGGGAGUGGGGGUGUCGAUAGCCUACAGAGCAUCAGCCUGACCUCUGCAACCAAACUACUAAAUACUUCACUCACUCUGCUCCUGGACAGGAGAGCCGAACUGGUUUCAUGAACACAGUUCAAGGGGUAAGGACAGUCUACACUGGAGAAUAACACUGGGCUGUUCUGCUAUUUGACUGUAAUGCUAUUAACUGUAAUACUUCUGUACUGUAGCCUCUUAAUAACUACUGUAAAUAGUUAUGAAGCCCAUUGACACUGAACCUAGUCACUUGGAUUUUUGUUGGACUCCACAGGUUCAAACUAUAAGACCUUAACUCUGCUGUUCAACUCAUUCUCACUCAAGAUACGAGUCCAUGUCAAAUGAGUCCAGAAUAUCCAUUGAACUGAAUGUAUGUUAUUUAAAUGUUAAGCUGCAGUGAGUGCUGAUGCUCUGCUUAUGGACUGUAUGGUGUGGAUGAGCAGUGCCUUUUGUCCUGGUCGUGAGUGGUUGGAGUGUGGUGUGAAUGAUGGGUCAGUUUUCUGCCAGGGGGGGUUAUAUGAUGUGUAUGCAUGGAGGGAACAGACCGUGGGCUCUGUGAGAAGUGGCUUCGUUGACCAAAUACAUUUUCUUUCAUUUCCUAAACCCUUAUGUUACAUUAAGUCCAGCUGAGAUGAAAGAACUCUACAUUUGUUCUCUGGGUGGAGGUAUCUCAGGCUGAGAACAGCCUUUAGGUCUACUGUCGCUGUCAGAGAUGGAGGCCUGGUACCAAAUGAGCGUUGUUCUUCAAUACAGUCAAGAGCUGUUUUAUUCCAUAGAAUUCUUUAUUUGUUACACUAUUUUUUUUUAAUGUCAAUGCAAAGCAUUAAUGCCCAACUUCCCUGUGUGACAAUGAAGACAGUGGGGGGAAGCUGUUUCCCUAGAUGGGAACUAUGGAUUAGGAAUGGUAUAGUGAUGCUGGUAUAUCAUACUAGCCUCACUUUCUGCCUCUACAGUACAUUACCAAAAACAUCUCAACUUCAACUUUAUUUGGCUUUUGAGAGCAAUUGGUUUUGCAGCAAGACAUAGAUACAAAACAGGUAUAAGACUAAGAUACAGUCUACAUAGAGUGUGUACAUUUAUGCCAGAUAGGGGCCAGUGACUAAACGACUGGGAUACAUAAAAAAGGGACCUAUAUCUUAUUUAUUACAUGACAAAUUUCUAAUCUAUUAAGUUUAUUUACAAUCAUUGUAUACCCAUCUGAUUGCUCUUCAACUGUUUUGUGGAUUUUCUAUGCAUGUCAUGAUAUUUUCAGCUGGGAAUAAAUGCACAUACUGAUGAAUCCACAAUUUAGACCCAUUUUAUAUUUCAUUUCUUGAAAUGGGCGUGUUUGAUUGCUGUGUGUUUGUCAUUUCUCUGAUUUGUGUUGCUCGUCAUUGUCAGGAUAAUUUGGAAAAGAAGGGUAGACGUGGAAGUGGACAAAUUCAUGAACUCUUGAAAUAAAACAUUCAACUAAG